GUCCUAUUGCCGAACCGGCUCGCUCGCAGUUCCCGCUUUCCCUCCGCACUAUGCAUCGGAGCGCUCCGCUUGCGCCUUGCCGGGGGCCGCUGGCGCUCCUCUCCGCACCUCGAGGGGCGUCGCGGGACGUGCGGGCGGACUAGAGGGGAGCCCGGGAGCAGCGCAGGAGCCGAGCCCGAGCCGGGAAGGGCAGGGCAGGGCAAAGGGGAGCAGCGGGGCUCCAGCCCGCCCGUCCGCCCCUUCGGAGAAGCUAGCCAGCGAGCCAGCUGCGGGACGAGCCAGCGCGCAAAGGCGAAAAGGGGACUCGUCGGCGCGAUGCUGGCCCUGGAGCUGCUGAGCCUGGCUUGGCUAGCCAGCGUGGCGAUGGGGCAGAACGAGACGGAGCCCAUCAUCCUGGAGGGCAAGUGCCUGGUGGUGUGUGACUCCAACCCGGCUUCCGAUCCAACCGGCACGGCGCUGGGCAUCUCGGUGAGGUCGGGCAGCGCCAAGGUGGCCUUCUCGGCCAUCCGCAGCACCAACCACGAGCCGUCGGAGAUGAGCAAUCGCACCAUGAUCAUUUACUUCGACCAGGUGCUGGUCAACAUUGGGCUCAACUUCGACUCGGAACGCAGCACUUUCAUCGCUCCCCGAAAGGGCAUCUACAGCUUUAAUUUCCACGUGGUCAAGGUGUACAACAGGCAGACCAUCCAGGUGAGCUUAAUGCUGAACGGGUGGCCGGUGAUUUCCGCCUUCGCUGGGGACCAAGACGUCACACGAGAAGCUGCCAGCAACGGGGUCUUGAUCCAGAUGGAGAAAGGAGACCGCGUCUAUUUAAAACUGGAGCGAGGAAAUUUGAUGGGCGGCUGGAAGUAUUCCACUUUCUCAGGAUUUCUAGUUUUUCCUCUUUAAAUGACUCGGACUGGAGGAAGGAAGAGGAGAAGGAGGAGGAGACGGGACAAUCCAGCCAGAAGUAAGCCUGAGAUUUCCUUACCGAUUCCAACCCCUUGAACUAAAGGAACUCGGAAACUGCACACGCCUGGAUAAGAUCAAUCCCAUCGCAGAAGUUUCAAACUCUGACUUUGAGGUUUUUGCGCUCGGAAGAUCUCGCCAACAAGACGGACAGCUGUCAGGAGAUGCCCGUGGUGGACGUCUUUCAAUAACGUCGCUCUCUUUUCUUUGCAAACAGUAUUUACUGCCCUCUACAUUUAUCUGGUGAUGUUGUAUCCAUCAAUUCCUCACUUCCAGUGUGUCUUUUGCACCUUUGCAACCUUUCCAUUCCUCCAGGGUUUUUUUUUUGUGGGGGGGAGUUGUUGUUGUUUAUUGUUUUACUUUACACAACCCUCGUACAACGAAGCUGGGCUUGUUUUUAACCAUUCCGCCUAUCUAUCUAUACCCUAUAUCUAUCUAUCUCUAUAUAUAUGUAUAUGUAUACAUAUUUUUUACUCUCUCCCUGAGUUUAACCUUAAAGAAAAAAAAACAAUAUUUUUGAAUAUAUGGUGCCAUGGUAAGAAGUGCCAUGCAAAUGAGUGCUAGCAAGCAGACAAGAAUACAUGGGCACGCACGCACAAAGACACACACACACAUGCAUAUAUACACACAUGUAUUUAUGCAUGUAUGUCACUAUAAUGUAGGUUGAAUACAUUAAUUGGUCUGCCCUAUUGCUAUGGAAAUUGGAGCGAAUGUGAAGUUUGCCAACUGCUUGACGUUUGAUUGGUUCUUUCUCCCUCUAGUCAACGUAUGGUUCAGCUACAGAAAAUAAACUGAACUUUUCCUAAUUAGCAAUAGCGAUAGCACUUAGACUUAUAUACUGCUUUACAGUGCUUUACCGCCCUCUCUAAGCAGUUUACAG